UCUUAAUCGCACGCACAGACCAAAAGAACGGUAAUGUGAAUGUGUUCAAGUGCUGGCUUCAUUUCGGCAAAUUUGUCCGUGACGAAUCUUGUUGAGGCUUUAAGAUGCAGUUUAUGCUGCUGUUCAGUCGGCAGGGCAAGCUCAGGCUUCAGAAGUGGUAUGUGCCCCUUUCUGACAAGGAGAAGAAGAAGAUUACCCGAGAGCUGGUGCAAACAGUCCUGGCACGGAAGCCUAAAAUGUGCAGCUUUUUAGAGUGGAGGGAUCUCAAGAUUGUUUACAAGAGAUACGCCAGCCUGUACUUCUGCUGUGGCAUCGAGGAUCAAGACAAUGAGCUCAUCACUCUGGAGAUUAUCCACAGAUAUGUCGAGCUUUUGGAUAAGUACUUUGGCAGCGUGUGUGAGCUAGACAUCAUAUUUAACUUUGAGAAGGCUUACUUCAUCCUGGAUGAGUUUCUGCUCGGGGGUGAGGCCCAGGAGACCUCCAAGAAGAAUGUGUUGAAGGCCAUCGAGCAGGCAGACCUACUGCAGGAGCCACGUCAUGAGUACUUUAACGUGCCCGUCUACUGAACGGCUGCCAUCGCUGCUGCUGCCGCCGCCGCCUCCGACUCCGCCCACCCUGCAUGCUGAGCCCCACCCCCCUCUGUGCCUGGCUCCUCCCCCCUCUGUGCCUGGCUCCUCCCCCUCUGCCCCAAGCAUUUGCCUCACAUCUUCACUGGUCUAUUCCACCCCACACACAACGCUGUUGGGUACUCAUGUACUCAUGCAGGUUCAACACCUUCCUGUGAUUUCCAGUGGUCAGUUUUGCUCUGUAAAUAGUCCAUGGCUUGAAGUGUAAGAUUCCCCUAAUACACAUUCUCUAUUCAGUGAGAUGUUUAAUUUGUUUUGUGUUUUUUUAACUAUCAUGGCCAUGGUUUUAUAUUCCAAUUUUUUUUAUUUGUAUGUAUGUACCUGUCAAGUUACGUGUUUUGUUUAGGAUCUGUUUGUUAUUAACUGUAGAUUAUGUUUACUAAAGGUCAUUAGGAACUAGGGUCCCUUUCCUGUCCUACAUCCCUUGUCUGUUGAGUGGAUUUGACCAUUAUCCUUCAAUCUAUCAAAUCAAAAAUGUCAAAUCUAAUUUUAAUUUGUAUACCCCUUUUCACAUUAUGCCCAUAAAAUCUUAUCUAAAGAAACCUAUCCUAUUGUAUUUAAAAUCAGAAAGUUGAAUAUAGCAUUAUUCAUGGAAUCGCUUAAAUGUAGUGCCAUAGUCUUAUUUAAAGUAAAAAGAACCUGAAAGUUAAUUUUCUGUUUGCACUGUUUAACCCAAGACAUACUAUUUGUUUUGAUUUGUCAUACGACUGGAGAUAAGGCUUAUAUUUGAAUAAAACCUUAUC